GCGGAAACGUCAAAUUUAUGAAAUGACAGAUUUAUCAUGCCUUCUCUCUUUCGCCAUUUGACAAGUUUCCGUUAAACUAUGGCUGACACACAAGCUGCCCCUGCUGCUGCUGCUCCUGCCGCCAAGGCUCCCAAGGCCGCUAAGGCUGCUAAAGCUCCCAAGGCUGCCAAGCCUGAGAAGGCUGCUAAUGUGAAAUCUGCCCCCAAAUAUAAGCGUCAUGGCCGUUUGUUUGCCAAGGCUGUUUUCACUGGCUACAAACGUGGUUUGAGAAAUCAGCACGAAAACCAGGCUAUCCUGAAGAUUGAAGGUGCCCGCAGAAAGGAUCAUGGCAAAUUCUACAUUGGCAAGCGUUGUGUUUAUGUUUACAAAGCUGAAACCAAGAAGUGCGUACCCCAACAUCCAGAACGCAAGACACGUGUACGUGCCGUAUGGGGUAAGGUGACUCGCUUGCACGGUAACGGCGGUGCCGUUCGCGCUCGUUUCAACAGGAACUUGCCUGGUCACGCUAUGGGUCAUCGUAUUCGCAUUAUGUUGUACCCAUCAAGGAUUUAAGUUGUUUACACUUAAUUGCAUCUUUAAGUUUAAAUAAAGAUAACAGAAAACCACAAACCAUUUUUUUAAUAAUUAAUAAAACAACAGACUUAAAACCUACAAA